UUCGAGUACAUGUACUGUACUACUUCAUGUACUUGGGCCGGGCAUGUACUUUGUGUAGGGAUAGGAAAUUCGGAAGAAAAACCUCGAGAUUAGAAAAGGAGGAUUUCCAAAAUGACGAUGGAAAGUGACAACCACGCCCCAGCGGAUGAGAGACAAAACUCUGUUGAUGAUGUCAACAAGAAUCGGGACCUGCGGCUGUCAGGUCAUGUCGGCUUUGACAGUCUUCCAGACCAACUUGUCAACAAAUCUGUCGCACAGGGAUUCAGCUUCAACAUACUAUGUGUCGGUGAGACUGGUCUGGGCAAGUCCACUUUGAUGGACACUCUCUUCAACACGCAGUUUGAGAGCUCGCAAGCACCGCACAACUUGCCCGGGGUCAAACUCAACGCUAGCACUUACGAAUUACAAGAGAGCCAAGUACGACUCAAGUUGACCGUAGUUAACACUGUAGGCUUUGGUGACCAGAUUAACAAGGAGGAUAGCUACAAGCCCAUUGUGGAGUUCAUUGACAAGCAGUUUGAGAGCUUCCUUCAAGAAGAGCUCAAGAUCAAACGGGCCCUGCACUUCUACCACGACACCCGCAUCCACACCUGCUUGUACUUCAUCGCCCCCACCGGCCACUCCCUGAAAUCCCUAGACCUGGUCACCAUGAAGAAACUGGACAGCAAGGUCAACAUCAUUCCAGUCAUUGCCAAGGCUGAUACUAUAUCCAAGAGUGAGCUGCACAAAUUCAAGAUUAAGAUAAUGAGUGAGCUAGUGAGUAAUGGAGUUCAGAUCUACCAGUUUCCUACCGAUGAUGAGACGGUUGCUGACCUCAACUCCACCAUGAAUGGUCAUCUGCCAUUUGCCGUGGUUGGCAGCACAGAAGAAGUCAAGAUGGGCAACAAGAUGGUCCGUGCUAGGCAGUACCCAUGGGGUGUAGUACAAGUUGAGAAUGAGAAUCACUGUGACUUUGUCAAGCUGCGUGAGAUGCUGAUCCGUACCAACAUGGAGGACCUGAUUGAGCAGACCCACACGCGUCACUAUGAGCUGUACAGACGCUGCAAACUAGAAGAAAUGGGCUUCAUCGACACGUCCCCUGAAAACAAGCCCAUCAGCUUACAACAGACGUACGAAGCAAAGAGAACAGAGCAUCUUCAGAUGCUGCAGCAGAAGGAGGAUGAGAUGAGGCAGAUAUUUGUUGUCCGUGUCAAGGAGAAGGAAUCACAACUCAAACACAUGGAGAAGGAGCUUCAUGAACGGUUUGACAAACUGAAGAAGGACCACGCAGAGGAGAAGAAACAACUUGACGACCAGCGACGUCAGCUAGAUGAAGAAAUCAACGCCUUCAAUCGGAGGAAGCAGAUGGCACUGGAUGAUAGCCAACAGGCACAGACCCUGGGUAAAGGAAAGAAGAAAUAGACUUCAGUUCCCCGCCUCAAUUUAUCUGAGCUUAUACUUUGCAAGACAUUUUGGGAUGACUUGUAACUUGUAUUGUCACAUGACCUAGAAAACUCCAGGGUAAAAACUGUACAACUUAAAGGCAUAGAGGAUCAUUCAUAUUUAUCCAAAACGUAACCUACCACAUUGUUAUCCAAAAGCUUACUUGGAUUAGAGAUCGUACUGGUACUAAACACCCCGUGAAAUGAUUCCUUCUGGCUUGCUGUCAUUUAGAAAAAAAAUCAAGAAAUGUAGGUGAUUUCGUCAGUCAGUGGACUAAUAAUUUGGAAAUACAGAGUGCUACGGACGAAAUCAUGUUUUCUAACAGUUUUCUCUAAAAGUGCAAUAUCCACUGAGCUGAAAUUUCAACAGGUUGGGUUUUGAAAAGUCUUCUUUGGAUUUUGCGUGGUGUUGUUAUUGGAAACGAACAAAAUGCAUGAAACGCAAAUAAUCCUAUAUGCCUUUAAAGGACUAGAGACUACAAAAUGAUAGUCACUUUGGCUAGCCAUGAUAGGAUAACAGUUUUUACUGAAGUUACCUAGUAAACGUCCUUGAUCCUCCAAAAUCUUCCUCCUUCUUGGGAAUCAUUGAUAUUGUACUCAAGGGGCAUCAUGCCAAUAUGCAAAUUUAGAGUGGCUGGGUUAACUUCCUACAUGUCCUAAAUCCUACAAAAUCUUCCAAAAUCUACUGGUGAAUUUUGAAGGGUUUAGAAAGGUUAGGAUCAAGUGAACAUCGAGCAUGAUGUUAUACCUCCAAGGUCACAAUGUAUGAACCUGCUAUUUUUGUAUGUUUAUUGAACAGAAACCCCAGACAAUUGGACCAAUAUUUUGGAUGUAAGCAUGGUGAAGUAAAUCAGAAGUCAUAAUUAGAAAUACUUAAUUCUGGAGUUCACGAAAUAUUAGGAAUGUGUUUAUUCAAGAGCAUGUUCUUCAAGUACAAACUGAAGUCGCAACCUGUGGCUCCUGUUUGCUGCUGUAAAACAUUCUGGCCUUGUCCAUUUCACAUUUUAUUUUUCUGAACAAUUAAAACCUGAAUGCACUGUUCAUAGAUGAGAAACUUUAGAUAGCUGUAUAUUCAAAGAAAACAGUUCAUUCUGAAACUUGGAAGAAGCGUUAAAGCCUAGUUAGCAUGCCAAAGUAUUCAUGGCUAUUUUAUUUUUAUUUUUAGUAUUUGUAUUUGUUUAUGUUAUUGUACAUAUGAGAACAGUUCUCAAUUGUUAUAAGUAUCCCUUCCUGUCUGUCAGAAAUGUUUAUUCAUUGCAAUUAUUUAACCAUUCAACUCUGUUUUAAAGAAGGCUUUUUCAAUGCCCUCAAAGUAUAUUUAAAUAGCGCCCUCUUGUGUUGAGUGAAACUCAGAGCACCCAGGCAAGAAAAGGAGGGGACGGUUUUGUCUGAAGUUUGAUGUAUGUAAAGAAGGGCAUGCAUGUUCCCAAUGUUAGACUUGACUGGUGUCCGAGCAUGGUCUACCAGUUUGUCUGAUUGUUGAAGCUUGCAAUUGGUAUCACCUAUUAAUUACAUCAGGAGUGAAGUUCCCUCAUUUUAAAAGACAUGUAGUUUUUUUAUGGACGCAUCAGUGAAUAUAUACAAUGUAAUACAAUAUAAUAAAGUCACAUGGAUGUAUUUCCCCAUAAUCAAUAGAGGGCGCUGUUUGCUGCUUGUCCUGGCCUCCAGAUUAUCAACUGGACCAAUUUUGUUGGCCGUAGGCAUUGCAGGGGCUAAUGAUUCAAACAUUAUUUACUUUAUAUUAUGUAUGUAGCAUGUUUGCAAUUGUCCAUCACGUGUGCAAGUGUUUUGAGCCUCCACACUCGCAGACUGUAUACCUCCAGCCAGACAGAUUCUUUUGAAAUCUCAGUUUUUCUUUUAUUUACAUCAGCAUUAAAUACUAAAAUAUGUUAAUGGUAAUAUCAUGCAAACUGCUUAUAGUAUAAUCGUACUUAGUCUCAGCUUUUAGUAAUUUGUCAGUUGUUUAAUGGUGCUGUAAUCUGUUAUAUUGAAAUAUACUAACAUUAUGUUUGGAACAAGAUGUUAAGAUGUCAUGCUGCUAGGAUCAGACUCUUCCACACUUGAAAGGAAAAUCCACACUUGGGUUUUCAGUUGGAGAGAAUGUCAAAGUAGCUUCUGAUGGCUAAUUUUGGAAACCA